UUGGUAUCUUGCACGGAACUAAUCAACUGGAGGUGCUUCAGGUGGCUUAGUGGCAGGCUAGUGGUUAGUUUCGGGGCCAGACCCUUCAACCCUGGGUUCAAGGGUCUGACCCUAGUGGAGUGCUCUCUUUCUUUAUUAAAAAUUUCAUCAUGAAAACUUUUCUGUUGUGUCUCGCUUGUCUAGUCUCUCUUGCUGCAGCUCAGAUUGCACAAUCUUGUUCUGACUAUCCAGACAAUAAAGUAUCAGUGUAUCUUAGCUCUGUUAGAAUUGUUGGUUGCGCCGUCCCUCCAUGCAAGUUCUAUAAAGGAAAAAAUGCCACAGUAGCAUACAACUUUAAAGCAAAUGCCGAUAUUGCUACGAUGAAUAUAAAAUUGUAUGGGAAGAUUGAUGGUAUCUGGGUUGAGUUACCAGGUGGUCUACCAGAUCCCAAUAUUUGUCAUAACAUAGGUGUCAAAUGCCCAAUGAAGUCUGGAACUGAAUAUCUUGUAACUUUUAAUGUCUUUGUUGAUCCUAAUUAUCCAAGUUUGACUACACUAGCUGAAGUAAGAAUGUCUGACUCUGCAGUUGAAGGUUGCUUUGCGGUUGACUUAGAGAUAACAGGUUAAGUGGAUCCCUCCCUCCGACUGCCGGUUGCUAAAUACAUUACAUCUAUUGUACUAUUGAUUUUGUUUAACUGUAUCACAACCUUUUUGCUUUUUUGAUCAUGUUAUUCAUUAUGAUUUUGCCAUGAUUUUUUGCUAAUAAUAAUAAUAA